AUGGAGGACCUGAUGGAGCAGGUUCAGGCCCUGCUUAUUAGCUUCAGCGGCGAGUUGCUACUCUUCGGUGGAGCCUUCCUUCUUCAAUUCUUCCUCUUCGGCAACGUUCUGUGGCCUUGGCGCAAGCACGGCAAGCGAAAGGCCGGCAAGACCAAGGAGGACGGGACGAAUGGGACGAAGUUGAACCACUCCCGUCUCGUGGAGGCCACUACCGAGGCAUACGAGCAGGGGGACCAUCGCACCGUUUUAAGAAAAUGGGGUCUGCUCCAGCGUACUGGAGAGGUCCCGGCCACUACGCUGGUGCAGGUGGUGGAAUCAAUGCAGCGACUGCGCAAGGACCGUUCUUUCAUCCUCCAAGAGGUGAAAGGCCUCGUGCUGAAGAGCGAGGCCUCGCAGAAUGUGGACUUCAUGAACGAACUGCUGAUGCCAAUGAUGAAGUCUUUGGAUGCCGGCCUCGUCAACCAGCUGCUGAGCGUUUUUGCCCGUGUUGGCGUGAAUCCAGACAGCAGGACCUAUGAGAUCUUGAUGAACCUACACUUUGCCACCCGAAGCUUCGAUGAGGUACGGGAUCUGGCUUCGAAGAUGCGCAGGGAGGGGUUGAAACCCACGCAGCGCUCCACCCUAGUCCUGCUGAAGACGGCCCUACAGGAGGGUACGCUUCGAUGCCGUGGCUGCAUUGGAGAUCAUCUCCCCUUGCACGUAAGUUCGAGCAUGAGCGAUGCCCUGGAGUGCUACAUCCAGGUCCCACCCGACACUUUGCCCAAGCACGUCGGUACUCAGCUGGUCGAAACGGCCUGCCGAGAGAGGAACGUUGCUGAAGUGAUGCCACACCUGGAAUCUGGGCGCAUCCCGCUGACAGUGGAUUCCUUGAACUUGCUGCUAAACGAGUCGCUACGUAUCGAGGACUCCAAGCUGGCAAAGCAGGCUCUGCGACUCGCGAGCAGCCAGGGCCUCGAGAAGAACGGACGCACCUACAGCCUCCUCAUUCGUGCAGCUGGGGGCGACACUCAGGAGAUCCGCCGCAUCCUCGAAGAGCUGAGUUCCAUGGACAAUGUCGUGGCGCAAGCUGUGCUCGACACGUGUGCAAAGACCGGUGACGUGGGCUUAGCAGAAACCCUCGCGAAGCGCUUAAACCCGGCUGAAGCCAGCCAGGCUCCGUCUUUCAUGUCCCUCAUCCGCUUCUAUGCAGAGGCAGGAGAGCCCGCCCGAGCCUGCGACGUCUACGGAGGCCUGAUGCAGAAGGGCGCUGAUGGACAGCCGCAUCGGCCCACUAUUGAUGCGCGCACGAAGCAUUGCCUCCUCGCGGCGGCCCAGAGCUGUGAGCGCCAGGAUCUCCUGGAUGAGUUGGUCGAAGCAGCAGACGCAUCGCAAGGCACCGUGUUCCCUCGUUCCAAAGACGGCAAGAGUGGCAGCAUCGACGGGGUUCUCAGCAUGCUUGAGGGCCCCACGAAGUUGCCGUCAACGGCCUGGAACAUCGCCCUGGACACCUGUGUGGAGAAUGGCGAACUAGAGAAGGCCAAGCACCUGGCGAAGAGGAUGAAGGAAGCUGGCGUGAUCGACGUCGUGUCCUACAACACUUUGUUGAAGGCCUACGUGCGCCACAGCCUCUUCGACCAAGCCUGCUCUCUACUGAUGAGCAUGCGCCAAGAUGAGGUGCAUCGACCGAAUGCAGUGACCUACCACGAGCUGAUCAGUGGCCUCCUUAAGGCCAACAAAGAGAUCCACAGGACCCGGGCAUGGGAGUUGGUCUCCGAGAUGCAGGCAGACCAGGUGGUUCCAAACAAGCUGCUCGUGGCCAACUUGCUGCGCAGCCUAAGGCCGAAAUCCUACGGCUCCGAGGUCACCCGGGCGAUGCAGCUGGUGGAUGCCGUCCAGCAUCAGGUGGACGAAGGCCUUCUUUGCACCGUUCUGGAAGCCGGUGUGCGUGUGGGCAAGGUCCAAGUGGUGCAGAAGAAGCUGAAGACCUUCUAUGGAGAGGGGGCGGAGUUCCCCGUGAAGGUGACCGGGGCCCAUUCCUUUGGCUCCCUCAUCAAGGCCUAUGGCUUCGUGAAGGAUGUGGCUGGUGCCUGGGCUUGCUGGCGGGAGAUGUCCAUGCUGCGUAUUCAGCCCACGAACAUCACCCUCGGCUGCAUGGUGGAGGCUGUGGCGAGCAACGGCGACGUCGAUGGAGCCCACGAGCUCGUCCAGAGGCUCUUGGAAGAUCCGGAGACGAAGUCGCAGGUCAAUGCCGUCAUCUACGGCUCCAUCCUCAAAGGCUUCAGCCGCAAGAAGCGUAUGGACCGGGUCUGGGAUGCCUUCAACGAGAUGCAGGCGUACGGAAUCACCCCGACACUCAUGAGCUUCAACGCAAUCCUUGAUGGCUGCGUGCGCAACGAUGAGGUUGACAAGAUUGGCGGCUUACUUACCACCAUGCAGCAGUAUGGCUUCAAGCCGAACCUGAUCACCUACAGCACCCUGAUCAAGGGCUACUGCGCCGCCGGAGACAUGCAAAGCGCCUUUGAGGUCUUUCGCGAACUCCGCUCCGGUUCUGAGGCUCCGGACGAGGUCGUGUAUAACACCCUCCUUGACGGUUGUUUACAAGCCGGCCUGGCCGAUGAAGGGGAGAACCUGGUGGAGACCAUGAUGGAUCAGGGUUUAGCACCCAGCGUCUACACCCUCAGCUCGCUGGUGAAGAUCCUGGCUGGCGCCAAGAGGUUGGAUCGCGCCUUCAAGGUCUGCGAGCACGCCUCUUCUCGCUUCCGCUUCCGCUUGAACGCCCAGCUCCAAACGGCUCUGCUCCAGGCCUGCAUCACCUGCAAGGCCUACGACCGUGGAGCUCGCUUCUACUUGAAGACACACAAGGACCGCCUAUCUGCAGACAAGAAGAUCUGUCAGUCGCUGAUCCGCGGUCUCGUCUACACCGGGAAGGUGGAAUUGGCGGCGGAUCUCCUCAGGGCCAUGCUUGGGAUUAGCGGAGCCUCUGAGGCUGCCAGUCAGCAUCGAGCUUCACAGGACUUCGAUCAGGCUCUCUGUGUGGAAGUUCUCAAAGCUCUGGCAGAUGCCAAAGGCUACCACUCGGGACACGCUAUGAGCCUCUUCCAAGAUCUGAAGGCGGUGAAGCCGGACUUGGAGCUCGACUACGACUUGCAGCUGAGGAUGGAAUCCCGAGGCACCAAGAUCUCCAAGCCUUACCGUUGA